CGAGAAUGUAGUAUGAGGCGAAGGAUACGUACUAAUCAAGUUUCGGUGGAGCGCAAAUACAAGGUUGUUCAACUUAUGAUGUGGGCACGUCUCUUCUUGCAUUCGUCGUCAAUCGGCACAGUACUCGGCGCAGUGUCGCCUCCGUCCGCACCUCUUGAAGGUUAUCAUGUCAGUCAUGCGUCGAGCAAAGGCAGCACGAAUUCGCAACUCGGGAAUUUUUAUGCCGGAUCAAGCGUUGUAACGGUGGAGCGUCCGCUCACGAGGAAGGUUGCAGAUGAGGUUACGGCAUUGCUAUCCGGUGUUGGACGCACAGAGGAAGCGAAGACGGUAAUAUUGAAUGUGGAUAUCGCUUUGAAACUCAUCGAAGGCGCAUACUGGUCGUCUGCUGUAAGCAGCUCGAGGAUAGCAUGAGUAGUAAGCAAGAGUGUAGACUUCAUUUUCAAUCAUGAGCAGGAAUAUGUCCAUAGAAGGAGCGAACUUCUAAAUGAUAACCUCAUGAUUGAACACGCCACAGGUAGCAAAGCUGUUGGGCGCCGCCGCUGCUGAUGAGGAAUUGACAUUGGCUGAAGCAAAUGAAGAAGGGACAGGAACAGGAUUGCCUCAGCUUACUAGUGAGAGAGCGGAACAUAAAAAAGGAGAAGAUCCACCGGUCGUGGUACUAGAUGAAGUGGAGAAUAUAAAGAUCUUGGGAAACCGCCAACAUUCCUCCACCUCGACUCCAUCAAAAUCAAGCAAAACCUCUACCGACAAGAAGAUCAUCACGGACCAUGAUCAACAAGUUCAGGAUCCGCAUGCUGCUCCGCCGAUCGUGUACUUUCGAGAGCCCGAGCUCGCAUCUGAGAACGUCAUCGAGGAUGCGUUGGUUAGUAUGCAACGACGACAGCUAGUACAGAUGGAGGAAAGAAUUGGGCAGGACGAGGCCGCAGCACGCGACAUCGAACGCAAUGAGGUGACGAGGAAACAACGCGAAAUUCGCACGUUGGAACUGCAGAUCUUAAGGCAGGCUGUUGUUCUUUCCAUCUCCAAUCUAAAAUAAUCGAAGACCAACGCUGGUCUUGCUCCUGUACUAAGUGCAACAACUUGCUACACGUACGUAGUAGAGUCUUCACAACUAUAUGAUCAACCCAUCUCGUCUAAGUCCUGAGCGCCUGCGGAGAGACAUCUCGCGAGCUGAAGAAAGAGCCUCACGGAAGCGCGCAUCAGCGGAGCAGAAGAGGGAGCAGGCAGAACGAAUUCGAGGCAGGAUAGGAGAGCUGACCACCGCCAUGCAGGAUGCCAGAGCUGAGCGAGCGAAGGAGAUGGGAAGGCAAAGCGCAGCCGACAGGAUCUCCAAGUUGCUUCUCGAUGCAACGUUAGGCACCAAGAAGAACGAUAGCGAUAGUAGUAGCACGAAGGCCAAGGCCAGUAAUGCAGGAGGUAAUACUGAGAUUGACAAUCCACGAACCUCCACGAAUCUCGAGCCUGAAGAUGUUGCAGGACUUCAUACGAGAACAGACUCAGCGAAGAUGGAGCUGUAAAAUCCUGAUGGAGUGAGGCUUGUCCUUGUCUCUUGGAUUCUUCUAGUAGUGUUCCCAAACGAAUCACUGAGAAGUUUGUGUCAAAAGUCAACUGUUGUUGUCUGUGAAAAAAUCCAUUUUAUUCGGCCAAGGCAUGCUCGCAUUGUCAUUUUGGGUCAAUGCUUGUGAAACGAGGAAGACCAUGUUAUUUCGCAGAAACUAAAAAGCGACUUUCUUUUUCCUGAUCCUGCAGACUAAAAUUGUACCCAGCACGAAGUGCAUGUGCAGACUUUGAUGAGCAGACGCAUACACAGCUAUGCAUUUUAAUGUUUUCUAUGUAUCUAUUGAUUGUUCUUCAGGGUUGGGGGUCUGUGUUCUCAAGAUGGUGCUCUGUUGCAAGCCACAAUCAAUUUUACAGAUCUUUGCAAGUACUCAGAAUUCUGUUCUCCAACAAUCUCG